AUGAAUUUCUGUUACGUACCUAUCAAAAUGGCAAAAUAUUCCUCACUUCUCUUCUUCUUCCUCCUCCUAAACUCCCUCCAAUAUUUCCAUGCAUCGCCGGAAUAUUCCCGUCCUCAUCCCCGUCCGGUUAUCCUCACCGGUCAUAACCGGCCCGAAACCGAGCCCGAACAGGUACAUAUAUCUUUAGUAGGCAACGAUCACAUGAGAGUAACAUGGAUUACAUCUGAUAAGCAUGCGAAAUCGAUCGUGGAGUACGGGACAUCGCCGGGGAACUACCAAAGCUCGUCGAUGACCGGAGAACGUACGUCGUACCGAUACUUUUUCUACAGCUCCGGCGAGAUUCAUCAUGUUACUAUUGGACCAUUGGAGCCAAAUACUACGUAUUAUUACAGAUGUGGUGGUAGUGGGCCGGAGUUUAGCUUUAAAACACCACCUUCAACUUUUCCUAUAGAAUUUGCCGUCGCUGGGGACUUAGGUCAAACAGAAUGGACAGCCUCAACUUUACAACAUAUAGGUGGAAAAGACUAUGAUGUCCUUUUGUUGCCUGGAGAUUUAUCCUAUGCAGAUACUCAACAACCACUUUGGGAUUCAUUUGGUAGAUUAGUCGAGCCAUAUGCAAGCAAAAGACCAUGGAUGGUAACACAAGGAAAUCACGAAAUCGAAAUUUUUCCAAUUAUUUAUCCACAUGGUUUUAAAGCCUAUAAUUCAAGAUGGUUAAUGCCAUACCAAGAAAGUAGUUCCACAUCAAACCUAUACUAUUCUUUUAAUGUAGUAGGGUGUCAUGUUGUCAUGUUGGGUUCGUACACGGAUUUCGAUGCCGACUCGGAUCAAUACAAGUGGCUACAAGCUGACUUGGCGAAAGUCGAUAGGGUAAAAACGCCGUGGAUUUUCGCGCUUAUUCAUGCACCAUGGUACAACUCUAAUGCAGCUCAUAAAGGAGAAGGUGAAAGUAUGAGGAAAUCUAUGGAAGAAGUGUUGUACAAGGCUCGAGUUGAUGUAGUCUUUGCAGGGCAUGUACAUGCAUAUGAACGUUUUACUAGGGUAUACAAUAACAAGGCAGAUCCAUGUGGUCCUAUUUACGUGACAAUUGGAGAUGGAGGAAACAGGGAAGGGCUUGCUAUGAUGUUUGAAAAACCAAGUCCAUCAAUAUCAGUGUUUAGAGAGGCAAGCUUUGGACAUGGUCGAUUGAAGAUAUACAAUGAAACACAUGCACAUUGGUCAUGGCAUAGAAACAAUGACAAGAACUCAGUUAUGGCUGAUGAGUUGUGGCUUCAAAGUUUUGCUUCCUCUAAAUCAUGCUGUAAACAAGAAAUCAAGACUCAAAAGGAUGAACUCUAACAACAAUAAAUUUAUUUAAUAUCUUCCAAUACCUUUUUUUGGUAGUUGAAUUUGAUGUUUAUAGAAUUAUAUAAAGCAUAUCAGAAUAACAAGUCAUGAAGAUUUAUUUGUUUUUCC